CCCCUGGGUUAUCUUCUACACUAACGACUUGAGCGUCCAUUCGCGAUUGGUCCUUUUUCUGCAAUUGGCCUCUACCUCGGCAGCUACCCUUCCCAGUUGACACUUUUGGCGGGAAAGAUGACAACCGCAAUGGUGUCGUAUGGCCUCGUCACGUCUGCGGUAGACAACAGCGACACGCAGACUUCAUCUGAUAACUCGUCGUCAGAGGGCGACGGUACUGCUGACUUAACCUACCUCUCGUGGCUCAUGCCAGUUAUUUUCAGUAUUCUGAUAUUGGUCGGCGUCGUUGGUAACACGCUCGUCAUAUAUGUUAUUAUCAAGGCGAGUAAGCGGACGGUCACCAACUACUACAUAGUGAAUCUGGCCACGGCAGACAUCUUGUUCCUGUCAAUCUGCGCGCCCCCUACGGCAGCCCAGUACACAGGGUCGGCUUUCUUAUUCGGCAGGUUCAUGUGCAAGAUCGUCUUCUAUUUGCAAAUGGUGACUGCGCAAGCAACAUGCUUUCUGCUGAUGGCCAUGAGUGUUGACCGUUUCCAAGCCAUCGUCAUGCCUCUCAAGUCAUUGAGGACCCGUACCCUUCAGACUGCUGUAAUCAUCAGUGUCUCCAUUUGGCUGUUCGCUCUAAUUCUCUACACACCGCUCUUGGUCUUCUUGGACAUCGGAUACCUCGACCAGGGGGUAGAGCCCUACUGUAUAGAACAGUGGCCAAGCACAACCUGGGAGCAGUGCUUCGUGGUGCUGUCAUUCGUUCUAGUGUUCUCCCUCCCUCUGAUCGCGAUCGCCAUCUGCUACAGCACCAUGCUCCGCCACUUGUGGCAGCGCGUGGUGCCCAAUGAACCCAUGAGCGGCCCGGCCAGCGCGGUCAACGCUGAGCGACAACUGCGGCAGAAACGGAAAAUCACCUGGAUGGUGUUGGCUGUGGUGGUAGUUUUUGCCGUCUGCUGGUUUCCGAUCCACGUCGUCAACAUGUGGCGCCGCUUGGAUCCGGACUUCCCCUUCAGCGACGGGACGUUUUAUUUCAAAACCGUGGGCCACGUGAUGAGCUACACCAGCUCGUGCGUCAAUCCGUUCAUCUACGCCUUCCUCGGGGAGAACUUUCGGAAUUGUUUCCGGAAGGCGUUCCCGUGCUGCUUCAAGCAAGCGGGAAAGCAGCGGGAUUGUCGUGGGGCGACGAUGGGGUCCCAAGCGGGAUCCAUAGUGGCUCCCUCGAGCUCCAAAGCAGCCGGAGCUAUUAGCAACACCACGGAGAUGAGCAACUUGAGCUCACGAGCGAGUGCCAAGGGAACUGAAAACUAAACCACGCCCCAAACAUUCCCUUUACGCUGGUUGAAUUGUAUUUCAUGGACCAUUCGUUACUACAUGUAUAUAAACUGCUUGUGGCUCGGGAGACUUUGACUACUGGCCUAUUUGAAGUAUGGCAGACACGUAGGGGGCGCUGUUUGGUUUGGCUAAAUACAAAAUCAAACAGCGCCCUUCUAUUGUGUCUGCCAUGCCUCGAAAAAGCAAAUUGAACAGCAAUUAAGCAAUAGUAAAAUCUUACACGUGUUUCUAGAUCCAUGAGGGCGCACUUUGCGAAACACGUGGUUCAUCUUGGUAAAUCGACAAAUCCAGGCGUGCGAU